GGCGGUGGGAUCGGCAGGGUCGCUGUUCCCGAGCCUCUCCGGAACAAAGUCGGGGACGGGAGAGCGCCCGCACGCCCAUGGACGCGUGGGGGGUGCCCGCAUCCCGUUGGAGUCGCUGCCGCGGGGCUCGGCUGCUGCUGUUGCUGCUCACCGUGCGCCUGGGGAGCGGAGCUGAUAAAGCAGAUGAUGAAGAUGACGAAGACUUAACUGUGAAUAAAACAUGGGUCCUAGCACCAAAGAUUCAUGGCGGGGAUGUGACUCAUAUACUGGACUCCUUACUUCAAGGAUAUGACAAUAAGCUUCGGCCAGAUAUUGGGGUGAGAACUACUGUAAUUGAAACAGAUGUCUAUGUUAACAGCAUUGGCCCAGUCGACCCAAUCAAUAUGGAAUACACCAUAGAUAUUAUAUUUGCCCAGACUUGGUAUGACAGUCGUCUGAAAUUUAACAGCUCAAUGAAAGUCCUUAUGCUUAAUAGCAAUAUGGUUGGAAAAAUUUGGAUUCCAGACACUUUCUUCCGGAACUCGAGGAAAUCUGAUGCCCACUGGAUUACAACUCCAAAUCGCUUACUUAGAAUCUGGAGUGAUGGAAGAGUAUUAUACACUCUAAGACUGACAAUUAAUGCAGAGUGUUAUCUUCAGCUUCAUAACUUUCCUAUGGAUGAACACUCCUGUCCACUGGAAUUUUCAAGCUAUGGAUAUCCCAGAAAUGAAAUUGAAUACAAAUGGAAGAAAACCUCUGUUGAAGUGGCAGAUCCGAAAUACUGGAGAUUGUACCAAUUUGCAUUUGUAGGGCUGCGAAAUACAACUGAGAUUUCUCAUACCCUAUCUGGUGAUUAUAUUAUUAUGACAAUCUUCUUUGAUCUCAGCAGACGAAUGGGAUAUUUUACUAUCCAGACGUACAUUCCUUGUAUACUCACAGUUGUUCUUUCAUGGGUGUCAUUUUGGAUCAACAAGGAUGCAGUUCCUGCAAGGACAUCUCUGGGUAUUACAACGGUGCUGACCAUGACAACAUUGAGCACAAUUGCCAGGAAGUCGCUCCCAAAAGUUUCCUAUGUGACAGCAAUGGAUCUUUUUGUCUCAGUUUGCUUCAUUUUUGUGUUUGCUGCCUUGAUGGAAUAUGGCACCUUGCAUUACUUUACUAGCAACAGAAAAGGGGACAAAGGAAAAGAUAAGAAGGCAAAACCUAAGCCAUCAAAACCAUCUGCAAUUGCUGUUCGACCUGGAUCAACACUAAUUUCAAUUAAUAACAUUAAUCAUCUCCCUGAACGUGAUGAUGAUUAUGGAUAUGAGUGCCUAGAAGGGAAAGACUGUGCUAGCUUCUUUUGUUGUUUUGAAGACUGCCGCACAGGAUCUUGGAGAGAAGGAAGAAUACACAUUCGUAUUGCAAAAAUUGACUCCUAUUCUCGAAUCUUUUUUCCAACUGCCUUUGCAUUGUUUAAUCUCGUUUAUUGGAUUGGGUAUCUUUAUCUAUAAAUUUUACUGGCUAGACAAACUCAGAAAAGAACUGAACAGACAUUAAUGUUUUUCAGAGAAUUGUCAAAGUUUAGAUCUGAUCCAAAAUUACUAAAAUAGAUGUUUUUAAAAUUUGAAACAAGAUGUUGAUAUAGUCUCCCUCUUGUGAUCAACGAUAAAAAUGAUAUCAGUAUUUUGACAAGAAAAUUGAAAAAUUAACUCUUAAAAUUUAACUUAUCUGUAUACACAACUAUUUUUGUCCAGGUCUAACAAAAUACACAGAUGAGAGACUAAGUUGUUGAACUGGACAGUUCUACAAAAUUUUUAAAUUUUAAUUCUAAAUGACAAUACUGAUGAAUUUUGUAGCAUCUCUUACAGUUUAACAAAGAAAGCCUUAAUAAAAUGGGAUUAGUUAUUCUCAUCCAUUUCAUCUAUAAGAUGAUAAUUUUUAUUAAUUCUUGAUUUUUAAAUAAGUGAUAAAAGUUAAAAGCACUUCUAUUUUUCAACUAGCCAUUUACUCUCUGCAGUUAAAAAGAAUGAUAUCAUAAUUAAUCUCAUUCAUAUUUACACAAAAUGCAGAGAUGAGAGCAACGAAUUGUUUUAUCACCAAAAAGCCCAUAGAGGUAAUUCUGAGCUUGUCUUAUACUGACUAUUGAUGUAGGCUUUUGGCUUUCAGCCUUUGAUUACAUUUAUGUCUGUGCUCCAUCUGCUGUUAUAUCACUGUGGUGUGUUCCUCAAAGUUCUCCAAGAGGGCUACAACUUUAAAAAUUCCUACCUAUAUGCCAUUGCUCUAAUUUCAUGGAAGCCAAAAGUUGGAUAAUUGAUUAUGGCCAUUCAGAUAAUCUUUUCACAUCCUCUGCAUUUCCCUCUCCUUUGUCUAGUUCAUACUCAGGGGCAGAGAAGGAAUUAUGCUGAACGGACUUUGUAUCAUCAGAAUUAGGAAGAAUCCUUUGACAGUGGUACAGUGUAUUAAAAACCACUGUGCUAAAUCUCCAUCCCUAAGGGUAAAAUGUGUGACCUGGUAUGCUUUGCAUACAGUACAAUGUUGUAUGUUCUGCUUGUUUCUGCUUAUGUUACUCCCUGAGCCAAGUCAAGACAGAUUUACUGAUACUGUGUUCUGGAUCGCUGUAUAAUUACCUCCUUGAUAUAUAUAAUUCCAUCAGAAAAAAAAAAAAAAAAGAAAAAGAAAAAGUAUAUUUCUAAAGGAAAAGCCCUUUUACAGGGACAACGUAAUAAUUCUUAUGCAUUGCAGAUCUUCCUCCAUGAUGGGAUAUAUCCCCUCGGAAACAUAGAAUUGUUUCUCCAGUCUGUGAAGAGAGUUCCUGUUCGCUUUGGUAGGAAUAUUUUCGUAGUAGUCGUCUUUCUGGAUUGACUUCUCUGUGUUGAUUAUUGCUGGCUGGCAGCAUUUAGUAUCUCAUUUCUACUUUUGUGGAAAAAUGUGAUCUUUCCUCCCUUCUCAGAAAGAAACCAGUCUCAAGUGAGCUUGCAAAAAUCCCUGUAAAAUUAAGAUAUGUGUUAACUAAAAGUCAGAAUUACACAGAAGACCUUACAGAUCUUUAAAGAGGAUUAAUGGGAUUAAAAUUUGGCUGUAGAUGAAGAUGUUUGGUACUGGAGAUAAAUAUAUGAUUAAUGGUUAAUUAUAGAGAAUGAUACAUGGAAGUACACCCUCCCCACAUACACUCUCUCACACAAAUUAUUUCUGUUGAAUGUGCUCCCUCUUGAUUUUUUUCUCAGAAAAAUAAUUAGAGUAUUAUCAUAUACUAGUUGAUACAAACAUAAAAAGAUAUGACAAAUGCGAAAUGUUGCUGCAGUGUUCAGUUCCAAAGUUUAAUAAAGAAUGCAAGAUUAUCUGCAGUGAUUCUGGAAGCAAGUGUUACUGAGAAGAUCCCAUUUUAAUGCAAGCUUUAUUUCAUUAUUUAGCCAACAAGAUAUGAAAGUGUUUGAGAGAGUCUGAAUGUCUGCUGUUGAGGUUGGCAGUGUUUUUUGUUGUAUGACCUUUCUGAGCAGCAACUUCUUCUGACUGUUAGACUGAAGGUAGAAGUGCAGCAACACUAACAAUGCUGAUGCAAUAACUUAUUGUUUCUUUUUAGUCUCAUUUUCAGAAAAUGUUCGGUACAAUGGAAAUAUGCCAGUUUUAAUUCCAUGGUGCAGUGUGAUGCUUUUUGAUAGCACAGUAAACACAUUCUUCUGUAGGAAGGAUGAAGGUGGCUUCAGUAGCAGUUUGUUGAAUGUGUACUUGAAAGGCAAUCUACUUGCUACACAGUACAGGAUCCAAUUUUUUUGAGCUCCUGACUUUCAUUAAUUCACCUUUAAACAAAGAGAAUUUGAAAGAGCUUGGCACUUUACAAGGGAAAUACAAAUUUCACAGCACAUCCAGUUAGUUCUUUCUAUUCAUCUGGUUGUCAGUUGCCAAUCAGCCUCCAGUGAUUUAACUGGAAAACAGAAAACAUCCCGAAUUGGCAAGGGAUGGAUAAGAAGUCUUUCAUCACUAAUUUCUAUGAAACAAUGUAAUAGAGUAUUAAAGCUAUUGAAUGUUAUGGCUGUUUAGUUUAGAGAUACACUUGCUUCUGUCUGUUGGUAAACUUUUCUUUGUAUUUCAUUUGUUUCUGAUGAUAUCAUUUCGGUUUCCCAUAGUACUGUGAGUGCAAAUUGAAAUGGGAAUGCAGUGAACUGUAACUUGGCAUGUAAUAAAUGUGCUGUUUUAGU